UCCAAAUUCUUACAAUACAAUGUCUAUGUACCUUGUUAAUGAUAUAGUUGAACCUUCUGAUUAUGAAAUCAAUCCAACAAAAGCAAGCGAUGUUUCGUGGGUACUUGUCACACCAACAUUGAGAAAAAGAGAAGUUAAUGAAGGCGAGGAGCUAGAUAUGCUUAGGGGAGAAAUCUUAGAUCUUCCUCUUGAAGAAGAAAGCAAUGAAACUGUACUGUACAAAAGAGAAAUAAUAAAACCUGAGCAACAGCCACCGGUUCAAGUACACAUACAGAACAUAUCAGAAUCCACAGGAACUGGCAGUGUCCAAAUCGUAUACGUAGUUCUGGUGGGUGGACGGGCGGUACCAGCAGCAGUGGCUGCAAGAGAUAUGAGGCUGGUGAGAGAUGCUGAGGUGGCGAAGGAAUUAGGCGCCAUCGUUACGACGAAAGCCGAGCCGUACCUGAAAGCGGCGGAAGGAUUGGAAGGUGAAGCGACGACCGCUGGAGUUCAUGGGACAGAACUCUGGGCACUGGCAGUAGGAGCCACCAUCGCAAUAUUGCUUCUGGUUAUUCUGUUUGUGUUGCUAUGCCUGGCUCAUAGGAAAAAAUGCGAAAAAUCUGCUGCCUCGUUACGUGAAUAUAGAAGCGAGCUGAUGCGUGAAAUUGAAAGAAAUAAGAUUAAACAAGAGCAGGAAAGUAAGAAUGGAAAGCAAUUGAUAAGUGUUGUGUCUCCGAGCAGAACUCGUCCUAGUAGCGCUUUGUUGCCGAUCUACAGAAAAGAUAGCUGUUCUGGCUCGUCCACAUCUUCCAGUGUAUCAGAAAUAGCGGUAGCGUUACGUCGACGACACAAUAAGCCACACGCACUUCGAAUGCCUCAAAAGAAAAGAGUCGGUACGACGGAUAGUCUUCUGGAAGCGGCAGGAGUGGAAAGUUCGGAUAGCUCUAGACAGGCUUCCGCUCCACAAACACCUACCUCGUACCUAUCUAUGCCUUCAGUUGCCACGUUUCCCAGAGGUAAUAUAGUGGAACCAUUAUCCCGGAUUCUGGAACCAGUUUCAGUGAGACAUCUAGAUAUAGAUUCUCCGAUAUCAAGUCCCAAACACUCCAAGCCAUCUCAUCACAAGGAUACAAUACCUCGAAGACAGAUGCCGUCACAAUUAGUACGGUUGGGAAGUAUCGACAAGGACCCUGGUGUAAUCGGCCCGCUGGUUUGGGACUUACACUGCCAAAGAAUAAAAGAUGCAUCUAAGCCAUCUACGCCAGUAUCGGGAAGCAAGGAAGCCGGUCCUUCCCGAAUGAGGCAGCGAUUCAACGAGUUAAUGGACGAUGCGUUCACUCUGUUCGGCAGUGCGGGCUCUGCCACCGACGCGGGCACUCUAUCCAGAGAAACUAGCCAAGAGAAGAAUAUUGAUCCAACAUCGACGAUAGCGCAAGCACGUAACGAGAACGUCCGACUAUCUCACACACCCGCGAGAGGUCAAUCUGCCGGAACGGGACGCAGCAACAUGGCCACCGAGUCGAGGGUGAGGCCCAGAACAACUUUCACACGAACGUCUGAAGCGAGGGCGCCGCCCCCCACCAGCGCUUGGGGACCUACUUCACCACACUCAUCUACGAUUCGAACUGCAUCGAAAGUCCCGGUGGUAAACAUGACUUUAUUAACGACAGAAGGUAAACUUCCACCAGAGGACCCCGCCAUCCCGCUCAUAUCCGCCAUCAAGAGUGAAAUACAACGCGUCAGAGAAAAUGCACUAAGACAUAACAAUAACUAAAUAGAUAUCAUGAAUUAAUUAUUACAGUCUACCUGAAUAUGAUCUGAAAUCUGAAUUACUCUAAAUACCAAAAAAUGUUUCACUAUUAUUUGUACCCCCGCCAUAUUGGCAAUGUUAUUAAUUUGAUAAUUUAUACGUCUAGGCAGAGCUGCUAGAAAACAGGCCAGAUUUACUACUUCAGUGUACGUGAUAAGCUACGUUUUACACUAACAACAAGUCAUUCACUGUGUUAGUGUGUGUGCGUUACUCAAAAUAGAGGUUAACUGUGAACCUCAGGUUUUUUCAACGUUUUCACAGCUGUCACAGUCUAUCUAGAUGUAUAUAAAUGACCUAAGGAUUUUAAUUAUUUUUAAUAUUGAUAGUAGAUAUUUAUGUUGCCGUUUUAUUCCUAUUAUCGUGUGUUAGGACUUAGGUAUAAUUUAAUCAUAGUUUUUUAUAAGUACUUAUAUUAAUUUUUAAACAUCGGGUAGGUAGAUGUGCUGUAGAUAUUAUGUAAAAUGUUAAUAUAUCGCGAUAUAAUAUAUAUUAUUUUAUUGGGUGCAAUUACUACUUGUGACAGUAAUCACGACCAUCAUGUUCUCGAAGCAUCCUUACAUAAACAUUGAGUUCAAGCUCUAAAGGUUGAUGCAUCCAAUAUAGGUACGAUAAUUUAUAUUUAAACAUUUAAUUCUUUAUUAUUUGUCAUGAAAUAAUUUAAAUUAUUUAAACACGACUCAUAUAUUGAAUGCAGCACCUUACAAACUAAUUUAUUGUGUAUAUUACAGCCAUUGUAAAAUACUCUAUUUGAUUGAAAAGAGUGGCCGUUGAGUUUCUUGUAUGUUCUUCUCGCGAGCUCGACUUUUUACGAACAUAAUAUGGUAAAUUCAGUAAUUUAAAUGAAAAAUUUAUAGUGUCGAUUCAGAAGUACUUAGUUUAAGCCUAUUAAUAAAGUUUAUUUGAGUUUGACUUUGUACAAUAAUUAUUUUAAAGUCGUAGAGGUGUCGAUAGUGGUUUAGGUACAUAUUGUAAAUCGACGACGGCGAGACGACUUCUAGAAUACAGAACAGAGACUUUGAAGUUUUUUUAUGUGAAAGUUUCUUGUUCAGUUCGUUCAUUUCAAAAGUCAUCAAAGUUAAGUGCUUGUGUUUGAAAUGUUACUUGAUGGUUAGUUAGUUUGGCGGCACUGAGAAGGUGAUCAAGUCAUCUUCAUAACUUCAGUUGACAUAUUGUUACAAAAAGUUGGGUAGCAAGAAAUAACAUUAUCAUUACUUAUUACCUAACUUUUAUGCGGUACCUAUAACUUUCCUAAAAACACCUGUUAUUAAAUUAAUUUUGUUUAUGUCCCACGCUAGCCCAAACUUUGACAGUUCUUGAAACGUUUAAAAACUCUGAUGAGUUAGGAAACUCAACUCAGAACAUCGAAAUCAAAGAAUAUCGAACCACACUUUUUAUAAAUAACUAGGUCCCCUUUCCUCGCCCAAUUUGCGUAUCUCCCCAUAAUGCAGGGUUCAUCUUUAUUAUUAUAUCUGCUACCAUAAACGGAGCAUUUAUCGUAGUAGACAUCUUUAGAGACGGGUAAUUUUUAUUGUCAACAAGACUACAUACAUCAGUUGCAAUUAAAUGGCGCUAUUCUUUUAUUUUAUGGUAAGUGUAAACACUAGACUAGAAUAUAGAUUAUCUUUUUACAUUUAUUUUUAUACUUUUUGCCAUAUUUAACUAUUACUAUUUUAAGUGCACAAGUAUGUGUUUCUAUACUUUUUAAAAUACAACAAUCAUAUAGAUGCCUACGGACCUAGAUCACUCAACAUAGGUAGGUCCCUACUAGGUGCCUAGGGACCUAGUUCACUAAACAUAGGUAGGUCCCGACUUAAUGUAAAAAUUUAAAUUUUUAAGUUACUUUUUUUAUCAAGGGAACUUUUUAAACAUUUAUUAGAAUAUCUUUUCAAAACUUUUAUUAUUAUGUUCAUGUUUUUAGUGUUGAAAGGUUUAAGUACUAAGUAUAAUCUAUAUUGGCGUUAGUAUUUUUAUUGCAAUUAAAUUAAUAUUAAUGAUUGUAAUUUAUAAUUCAGUGCUCAUACAUGGACUCUCAUGAAUGGCAAUAAAAUGGCGUGAUAAUAAUUAUUUCGUCUCAAUAGUUGGGUAAUUUGAGACUUGAAUAGUACUUGUACAAUUACCUACAUAUUCUUUGCCUAUAGCACUACUGGUUUACACGUACCUACCCGUAUUAUAGUUUUUAUAUAUAUUCGCGGGAUCCCGCAUGUAGUAACCAAUAUAGUCUAAGGCAAUUAUAGGUGCGAUAUGUGGUCUUUGCCUACCCCUGUAAUGAUUAUGUAGGUAGGUAAGUAU